AUGCCAUCAUGCUGCGCCUACUCCCAGUCAUGCGCCCUUCACACCACACUCGCCGCCGUCGCCUCACCCGCUGCUCUCCGUCUCUUGUUGCUCGUUGCUUCCGUCUCGUCCUCGUCGCAGCGUGCCUCGCUGUACGGCACGUGCGGGGGCAUCGGCGACUACCUGAUUGGGCUCGUCUCCAUCUUCCCCGCUGCGCUGCUCGACCGCCGCGCGCUGCUCGUCGCGCAGCCCUGCAUGCACGCCGCCUUCCGCUCGCCACACAUCGACACCGCACUCUCCCCCGACGUCCCCAUGGGGGGAAAGCCGCUGCUGCGCACCACGCCCUUAGACGCACCCGGCGCAGGCGCUGGCGACAGCAACAGCAACGGCAACGGUGACAGCGACGGGGACAGCAACGAGCGUCGUGUGGAGUGGCACGCGCCGCCGUGUGAGCGGCUGGAGGGUAACCUGAGUGCGGAGGUGAGGGACAGCGGCGCGGUGCCGUGCUUCAACAUGGUGGGGCAGAGCUUUGGUAUCCAGGACCUGCAGCGGCACAGCGCGCUGAGCAACUACCGCAUGCGGUAUAACCAUGGGUUGUUGAUCAACACUCUGCUGCUGGAUGAGGGGCCGUGGGCUGCCGCGCUGAGGCAGCUGGGCUUUAAGGUCGCGUACGGCUUCGGAUGCAUCCUCCGGUUUCUCUUCAGUCCGCGGCCCGAGGUGUGGCAGCUGGUGGCGGGGAUAGAGGAGCACGUGUGGGGCGAGGGCGUGGUGCGGGUGGCGGUGCACCUGCGUGUGCCAGACCAGACGGUGUGGCACAUGUUUGAGGGCAUGCCACUGGAAACGUCGCAGCAGCAGCUGGAUGAGUUGCUUGCCGAAGCCAACAGCACUCUGCAGUGCGCACAGACAGUGGAGGAUUUCUGGUACCCGCCUCCCCUGCAGGUGAAGUGGAUUCUCAUCACCAACUCGCACCCGCUCAAACAAGCGCUUAAAGCCAAGUACCCAGAUAAGGUGGUGGCAACAGAUUUCAUCCCAUGGCACUCGGAUCGAGCCACGGAGCACGAGAACACAAAUCUCACCUCGGCCGAGGAGCAUGAAGCAGCCGUGCGCGGCCUGCAGCACUUCCGGGAGACGGUGGCGGAGUGGGCGCUCGUGGCGUCCUGCCACACGUUCAUCAUCCCCGCCUCGGGCUUCUCCCGCACGGCUGCCCUCUACGCCCUGCGCCCGCUCGACAUGUUCAUUCCCGCGGCUCCUGGAGCGGCAUCUAGGCCUCUGCUGGGCAUAUGGUCACCUGAUCAUUUGGGUAUCUGGCUGUCAUAA